AUGACCAAGGGAGUGACCGCGCAUCAGGCGGCAGAACCUCCGCCCCUUGGGACGUACAUAGUUGUCAUCGUACCCACGGCGACGACGGGCUCACGCCGGCCGUCCCCGAAGCGAACACCGAGAACGCAUCUCGCCCGUCGCGAGCGGGCCGCCCCCAUAGCGACGGCGAUCGACUCGCACCUGGCGGGCGCCAGCGAGGAAGAAGAGACCACAAGUGUCGGGCAUGCGCGGGUAGAUUGCAUGUUUUCCUGCCGUCUGAUGCGCAGAGCGACAGACGUUUGGGACCACCGCUUCAACGCCCGCGUCCGCGGCGUCGAGGCCCUCGAGCCGUCCAGCGUGACCCACGGCACCAAGGCGUCACGCGUCAAGCGUCGGCUUCAGGCCGCCGCAGCGGUGGCAAGGACAGGGGACAGGUCGAAGGUCCGUCCAUCACGCCCGGCGAACACGUCGUGCGGUCGUAGAGAGCUCGCGUUGCUGCCGGAGAACCCGCCCUGCGGUCGCACACCCACACGAGGAGCGGCGCGUGUCCUGGGCCGUGACACAGGGUUCGCCCGCGAGUGUCUCUCUCAUCUUCCCAAACCAAAACCAAAUGACCGCGUUUUUUUGACAACGCAAUUGCCGCCGCGUCAGCGGAUCCAGGAUCCAGGAUCCAGAGACCACACAAACCAUGAAAAGCAUACCAUGUCGGCGCCUCCGCGCCGGCACAACGUAUCUCCAAAGGCCCAGGACCAUGCCGCGUCGCGCCAGUGCGGCGCACGGUGCAAAUGGGGGAAGCAAACACCAGCGUCUGCGGUGGUCACUGGGAGCGCGUCCCCGGAGCGCACGGAGUCCAGGCGGGUCGUGUCAGCCUGGCGUCAAGGAGCUGGCGUAAGCUUGUCAGCAACGAACACGCAGCAGUCGAGAACGGGCGAACACGGAUACUGUAUGGUGAAGGACGGACGGCCUCGACGCUGCGCGGCCUUCGACAGGGGAAAACGUCGUCCGGGUUCGACGUUCAAUGAUCUAGAUCUGCGGUGUGCUGGCGGGAGAUCUGUACAUGUACAAGUGGAAUGGCAUCGGCAGCGAGGCACUUCCGAGCCAUCAUCGGAUAAGUACAUACAGCGCGGGCAUCGGGAGUCUGGACACCAGUUGGUUCCAAGCGUCGUGCGGCGUGCGGUAGCAGAGACUGAGGAAUGA